GGCUAGACUAAUCACCUUCCUGGCCUCCCUGGCCCGUGGGUCCUCACUUCACUGAAACCAUCCCGCGCCACCGCACCUCCUUCCCCGGCGACGGCCGCCUUACCGGCGUUCCCCGAGAUCUAUAUACCUCCUCCCCCUGCCCCUUGCCGCUCAUUUUCCGCAACUCCGGCUUCCCGUCCCCGCACGGGAAGCAGAGGAAAUGGCCAUCUCCUCCGCCCUCUCCGAUCGCAAGCGCCCCAUCGUGAUUUCCGUCGCCAUCUUCAUCCUCCUCUCCUCCCUCUUACUCCUCCUCAGCCCCGCCCCUUCCGCCCUCCCCUUCUUCUUCUCCCCCACCUCCCGCUUCUCCUCCUCCUCCUCCUCCUUCUCCAGGGGCGCCGCUUCAGCGCCUCCCCAAACCCCAUUGCCCGUCUCCGCUUCGGCGCCGCCCCAAACCCCAUUGCCCGUCUCCUCUCCAGCGCCGCCCCGAACCCCAUUGCCCGUCUCCUCUCCAGCGCCGCCCCGAACCCCAAUUCCGGUCCUCGCCGACGCAUCCCCACACGGAACAGCGUCUGGCGGGAGCAGCAGCAGCGCCGCCGAUCUACCCCGACUAGAGGCUGCCGCCACUGCAGAUGACGCCGACACCAACGCAACCCAGCUGAGUCGCGGCACGCAGCCCGCUGCCGCUGCACAAGUGAGCACAUCGGUCGACACAAAGGAGAUCACCACCGGCGUCUCGGGUGGGCGAGGCGCAGAGGGGGGCGGCGUCGGCGGUGGCGGGGAGGAGAAGCCGGUGGAGGUGGCGUCGUGGAAAUUGUGCGUGGUGGGGAAGCGGGUCGAGCCCGCGGACUACAUACCGUGCCUGGACAACGUGAAGGCCGUCAAGGCGCUCAAGUCGAUACGGCACAUGGAGCACCGGGAGCGGCACUGCCCCACGGAGCCGCGGUCGAGGUGCCUGGUGCCGCUGCCCGCGGGGUACCGGCUUCCCCUGCCCUGGCCGCGCAGCCGUGACAUGAUUUGGUAUAACAAUGUUCCUCACCCAAAGCUAGUGGAAUACAAGAAGGACCAGAACUGGGUUAGGAAGUCUGGUAAUUAUUUUGUCUUCCCUGGAGGUGGAACUCAAUUUAAAGCAGGUGUGACCAGAUACAUCCGAUUCAUUGAACAGAUCAUGCCACAAAUUAAAUGGGGAACUCAUGCAAGAACUGUGCUAGAUGUUGGAUGUGGUGUUGCCAGCUUUGGUGGAUACUUGCUUGACAGGAAUGUCAUUACUAUGUCUAUUGCCCCAAAAGACGAGCAUGAAGCUCAGAUACAAUUUGCUCUAGAGCGGGGAAUUCCGGCAUUUUUGGCAGUGAUUGGAACACAAAAACUUCCCUUCCCUGACAAUUCAUUUGAUGUGAUCCAUUGUGCACGGUGUAGGGUCCACUGGUAUGCUGAUGGUGGAAAACCAUUGUUGGAGCUCAAUAGAGUACUCAGGCCUGGAGGAUAUUACAUCUGGUCUGCGACGCCAGUCUAUCGACGUGGCAAGAGCGAUGAAGAUGACUGGAAUGCAAUGGUUACUCUGACCAAAUCGAUCUGCUGGAGGACAGUUGUAAAAUCAAAGGAUAUUAAUAGGAUUGGAGUUGUUAUUUACCAAAAGCCAACCUCAAAUUCUUGCUACACUGAGAGGAAAAAUAAUGAACCACCUCUAUGCUCUGGGAGCAAUGGCCACUCUCCAUGGUAUACUCCUCUCGACAGUUGCCUCUUGUUGCCUGCUCUGUCAAAGUCAGGUGCAGGAAAUAGUUGGCCCAUAUCCUGGCCUGAAAGGCUUAACAUCAGAUCUUCAACUUCAUCUGAGAAUUCUUCUACUUGGUUUUCUCAAGAAAAUUUUGAUUCUGAUACAAAAAACUGGAAUGGCCUUAUUUCAGAAGUAUAUUCCAGUGAAUUUGCAGUUAAUUGGUCUAGUAUUCGGAAUGUUAUGGACAUGAAUGCUGGCUUUGGAGGAUUUGCAGCAUCACUCAUUGAUCGACCUUUAUGGGUGAUGAACGUUGUACCCUUUGAUCAGCCAGACACUUUGCCUAUCAUUUUCAACAGAGGUUUGAUUGGUGUAUAUCAUGACUGGUGUGAAUAUUUUAAUACAUACCCACGAACCUAUGAUCUUCUUCACAUGAGCUAUCUCCUUCAGAGCCUCGCAAAUAGGUGUGAUAUCAUUGAAAUAGCAGCGGAAAUUGAUAGGAUACUUAGACCUGGUAGAUGGUUUGUGUUGCAAGACAAUAUUGGAAUGAUCAGAAAAAUGGACCGCGUUCUUCGCUCUCUGCAUUACAAGACCGCUAUUAUGAGGCGGCAAUUUCUUGUUGCCAGGAAGAGUUUCUGGCGCCCUGACAGUACAGGUUCUUAGUUGCGGUGAUUCAUGCUUCUCCUCCUUCAGAUGAUUGGUACAAAAGUACUCUGACAGCACAGGUUCUUACACGUGGUGGUUCCUGCUUUUCCUUCAGAUGAUUGGUGAACAGAAGUGCCCUGACAGAACAAGUUCUUAAUCGUGGUGAUUCCAGCUUGUCUUUCGGAUGAUUGGUAAACCAAGUGACCUGAUUCUUUGAAUUUUGAUUGCAUUGAUUCUUUGUGUGGCACAGAUGACACUUAGGCAGCCCCCAUGUAAAGGAUCUUUCUCGAUUUGUUUGCAGUUAGUGCGAUCUUGCCUUUGAUUUUGCUGUGCAGAGGUUUUUUGUAAUACAACUUAAGCCUAUGGCUAUAGUAAUAGAGUACCACUGUAGCAAAUAGUUUAGUGCUAACAAGUUUGUGGGUGCCGGAACGGGAGCAUGUCUUGUAGGACCAUGCUUCGCUGAUUUUGCAUUUCAGCAAUAAAUUUCAUUUCGUC